AUGACGUCUCCAGACAGCAAACAACGGGUGACGCUACCUGUUGGCAGUGAAGUGGUGACUGUCAAGAUAAUCAAUCCAGUCAACUUUGGCCCAGCGAUCUUGGACCGUUUUAUGGCGCCUCCCGUCCCCGGCUUCGAGAAGUUCCCAGCAUUGCCGUCGUUUUCGUUUCUGAUCGAGCACCCUUCGUCUGGUCGCAAGCUUGUGUUCGACCUUGGCAUCCGUAAGGAUUUUAAAACGGGGUACUCACCAAAGAUUUGUCAAUAUAUACCAACAACCAACUACGACAUCAAGGUGGAGAAGGAUGUCGUAGAGAUUCUGGAAGAAGGGGGUGUUGAUCCUCAGAAGAUCGAGGGGGUCAUCUGGUCCCACUGGCACUGGGAUCAUAUCGGCAACCCUCAAUCUUUCCCAGGGACGACCGAUCUGAUAGUUGGGCCGGGUUUUAAAGAGGCGAUGCUCCCAGGAGCGCCAGCAAACCCAGAGUCCCCGAUCCAGGAGAGCGACUACGCAAACCGUAAACUCCGCGAGGUCACCUUCGACGGACCUCAAGCCUUCAAGAUAGGGAGCUUCCCAGCAUAUGACUACUUUGGCGAUGGGUCCUUCUACCUCCUCGACAGCCCGGGACACGCAGUCGGGCACCUCUGCGGACUAGCCCGCACGACCGCCUCCCCGAACUCCACCUUUGUGCUCCUGGGCGGCGACGUCUGCCACUACGCCGGCAUCUUUCGGCCGUCACCGCAGCUCCCCAUCCCGGACAGUAUAACACCGCACCCGUGCCCGUCGUCGUCGCUGCCCACGCUGUGUCCCGGUCACGCAUGGGAGGAGCUGCAAAAGUCGCGCGGGGGGCGCCAGCCCACAGAUACGCUCUACGACAUGACCUUUGGUCACGACAUACCAUUGGCCACAAACACCAUGAGGUGGUUGCAGGAGCUUGACUGCAUCGAUGAUGUAUUUGUCAUUAUCGCCCACGACGGGACGGUGCGGGAUGGCGGCGUUCCGCAGUUCCCUGCGAGCUUGAACGAUUGGAAGGCCAAAGGUUGGGGUAGAGAUCUUAGGUGGGCUUUUUUGCGGGACUUGGAGUCGUUUUGGAGGAGCAAGGAGCUGUUAUGA